AUGGCGCAUACGUCUAUCAUCCGAGAAGGAAGUGUCGAUUGGAAUAGACGGAUCAAACUGGAAGUGGAAAUAACUCGGGAAUCCCACAAGCAGUGGAAUAGCGGCGCCAGUGAGCGGCUCAAAAAGCUAAUGGAACAACUCGACGCUACCAGCAUGAGCAACUCUUACUACACUACCCGUCAAAACAACAACCUGGCGCCCAUACAAAAUGGCUGUCCCGAACAUUUGGGCGACCGUGACGUUUUAGUUCUACGCCCAAUGCCUGACAACUUUCGACAACCUCUUACCUAUUACAGCGAUGUACUACGGUUGCGCUCGAUGCCGGAUAACUUUCGAACACCAGCAACCAAUCCUGUGAAUAAACGUCUUGCACGAAGAGGAAGAACCAGCCUAGAUGGUGAAGCGCAAAGUGCAUCGGAGUCGAACUUAAAAAACUUGUGCAACCAGCAUGAAAAUUUACAAUUUGGGACUGACGGAGCCUGUCAUCUGGAGGAUGUUGAAGUUGUUCCGGAGAAAGAUGAAGACGUCUGCAGCCUAGAUCACGAGAAUUAG